UGUCUCCCGUUGCUCAGAAAGUGAAAAGCUUGCGGCUGACAAAGGAUGAUUUCGAAGUCCUGAAAGUGAUAGGUAGAGGAGCUUUUGGUGAGGUUGCAGUUGUCAAACAAAGAACAAAUGAAAAAGUAUAUGCAAUGAAAAUCUUAAAUAAAUGGGAGAUGUUAAAAAGAGCGGAGACAGCAUGUUUCCAAGAAGAAAGGGAGGUAUUAGUCUAUGGUGAUAAAAGGUGGAUCACAAACCUUCAUUUUUCAUUUCAAGACGAUGUAAAUUUGUAUUUAGUUAUGGACUAUUAUUGUGGAGGUGAUCUGUUAACAUUGCUGAGCAAAUUUGAAGAUAGGCUUCCAGAAGACAUGGCCAGGUUUUACAUUUGUGAAAUGGUGCUAGCCAUCGAUUCAAUUCAUCGACUUCAUUAUGUUCAUCGUGAUAUCAAGCCCGACAAUGUACUUCUAGAUGCAAAUGGUCAUAUAAAAUUGGCAGAUUUUGGGUCUUGCUUAAGGCUGCUGGAAGAUGGGAUGGUGCAGUCUAAUGUUGCUGUGGGAACUCCAGAUUAUAUAUCUCCUGAAAUCUUACGAGCUCAUCAAUACUCCCUGCAGGCAAUGGAAGAUGGAAAAGGGAGGUAUGGAGCAGAAUGUGACUGGUGGUCAUUAGGAGUAUGUAUGUAUGAGAUGCUUUAUGGUGAAACUCCUUUUUAUGCAGAAUCAUUAGUAGAGACAUAUGGUAAAAUUAUGAAUCAUAAGAAUUGCUUUGACUUCCCAGACGAUCCUACUUAUCAAAUAUCUGAAGAAGCCAAAGAUCUCAUGAGGAGGUUAAUCUGUAGUCCUGAAGUUCGUUUGGGCCAGAAUGGUUUAGAAGACUUCAAAAAUCAUCCAUGGUUUAUUGGUGUCAAUUGGGCGUCUAUUAGAGAAACUGAAGCACCAUAUAUUCCAGAAGUUAGUAGUCCAAGUGAUACUUCAAAUUUUGAUGUUGAUGAAACAGAUUUAAAAGGAUCUGAUUCAGUGCCACCCAGCUCAAAUCCUGUUUUUUCAGGCCUUCAUUUGCCAUUUGUAGGAUUUACCUUUACAUCUAAAAGUAGGCUUUCAGGUUUUAACAUCCAAAAUGGUAUUGAUUAUCAUGCUGAAGAAAACCAGUUGAUAUAUGAGCAAAGGAUACAAAAACUAGAGCAUGAUAAAAUGGAUUUACAGAGAAGACUACGAGAGAUGUCAAAAUUUUUUAAACAACAGGGAAUAAUUCUUGAUGGUGAAGAUUAUGGUCGAGGGAGGAAUUCAUCAGAUGCAGAAAGUAGAAAACUUCAAGAUGAAAUAAACAGCCUUAGAAAGCGAAAGUCUGAGUUAGAGGUGGAGACAAGUAAAUUAAGGAAGGAGCACAGGGAUAUUUUGUGCGGAAAACAAGAAUUAGAUUCUUUACAAGAUGAAAAGAUUCUGCGAAUUAGAGAAUUAGAAAAAGCACUUCGUUUCUCUAAAGCAGAAAAAGAAGAUCUCCAUAGGGAUUUAAUGGAUUGUCAUGAGAAGUUAAAACUUCAAGCAAAAGAGCUUAAAGAUGCCUUAGGCCAAAGGAAACUUGCUAUGGCUGAGUAUGCUGAAGUUAGUGAUAAACUUUCUGAAUUAAGGGCACAAAAACAGAAGCUUUCUCGGCAAGUGAGAGACAAAGAAGAGGAAUUAGAAACUGCCAUGCAAAAAAUUGAUAUAUUACGCCAAGAUCUCAGGAAAGCUGAAAAGUUUAGAAGAGAGUUUGAAGCUCGAGUUGAAGAAGCACAAUCUGAAGCAACAAAAGAGCGAAGGUUAAGAGAACGAACAGAAGAAUAUGCUCACCAUUUAGAAGAUGAAAUGGAAGCCUUAAAGCAAAGACAUAUUGGUAGGGCACCUAGUCCUGUUCAUUUAGAAGCUUUACAGGAAGUUAACAGGUUAAAAAUUGAAUUAGAGAGGAUGGAAUUGCACAGAACUGAAGCCUUAACUGAACAGCAAGCAAGGCAUCAUGUAGACAUAACAGCUCUCCAUGAGCAGCUUCAAGAAGCUGACUUAACCAUUGAAGCAAUGGAAAGAGAGAUACUUGCUUUAAAAGAAAAGAUUGAAGUGGCACGUUCUGAAAGUACCUUAGAAAAUAAUGAAAUGAUAACAGAACUGAAAAGGGUUCAUGAGAAGGAAAAAGAUAUGCUGCAAGAAGAGAACAGAAAACUAGGUCAGGAGAUAGAUAGAUUAUCUCAAGUGGUUAAUCGUCAGCAGGAAGAUCGAAGAAGGAUUGAUGAUGAUAUCAACCAUCUGAAAGAUAAAAAGGAUACUAUUGCUCAGUGGGAGUCUCAAGUUACAGAAAUAAUACAGUGGGUGAGUGAUGAGAAAGAUGCCAGAAGCUAUUUGCAAGCUCUUGCUACAAAAAUGACAGAAGAAUUAGAGAAUAUAAAAUCUAGUGGUCUUACUCCAUCAACUGCUGAAAAGAAUUGGCGAAACAGGCGUUCACAGAAGCUUGAGAAAAUGGAACUGCUUAAUCUCCAGUCUAGUCUUAACAGUGAAAUACAAGCUAAACAAGCUAUUGCAGAUGAGCUUAGCAAAGUCAGAGCUGAAUUAGUUUCUGUGCAAAAGGAACUGAAAGAAACUAAGCAACGAGUGGAAUGUCUUAAAACUGAGUCAUCUAAGAAAGAUCAUAUAAUACGAGAACUACAGCAAAAGUUAGAUUCAACUGGUGAUAACUAUCAAUUUUUGAAGAAUGCUUCUCAUCGGCUUGCUCAGAGUGAAAGUGGAGAUUCUGCUGGUGCUGGUGAUGAAGCUGAUGUUGAAGACAAUCAGCCGCCAUCUGUAUCCAGUAGCAAAUCGAAUGUCUCUAACAACAGUGGGGAAAUGAUAUCAGCACCUGUCUCUCCCAUGUUAGAUCCUCGAUCUAAUGCCAUUUUGCCUCCUAAGCCUAAAGCACAUCAGUUUUUGGUACGUACCUUCGUGGCGCCAUUAAAAUGUAAUCAUUGUACUUCCCUUAUGGUUGGUCUCAUCAGGCAAGGAGCAGUCUGUGAAGUAUGUGGUUUUGCCUGCCAUGUGACAUGUCAAGAGAGAGUUCCUGCAAUGUGCCCUGUGCCUCCAGACCAAACUAAAAGACCAGUAGGAAUAGAUCCAACCCGAGGCAUUGGCACAGCAUAUGAAGGUUAUGUGAAGGUUCCAAAACCAGGGGGUGUGAAGAAAGGUUGGAUGAGACAAUUUGUUGUUGUUUGUGAUUUCAAGCUUUUUUUAUAUGAUUUAGCACAAGACAAAAGUGCUCAGCCAUAUGUGUGUGUGUCUCAGGUAUUGGAUAUGAGAGAUGAAGAUUUCUCAGUCAACUCGGUGCUGGAAUCUGAUGUUAUUCAUGCCAAUAGAAAAGAUAUUCCUUGUAUAUUUAGAAUUACUACUUCAAUGAUGGAUCCUCCCGGUUUAAAAAACCAAACUCUUAUGUUAGUUGAUAGAGAAAGUGAAAAGAACAAAUGGGUUGAUGCCCUUACAGAGCUUCAUCGAAUUCUUCGCCGAAAUAAACUGCCAUCACGAACUGUUUUCCAAGCCAAAGAAAUUUUAGAUAAUACUAUUUCUAUUGUUAAAAAUGCCUUAUCUGCUGCAGUCAUUGAUCGAGACAGGUUAGUUCUUGGAACUGAGGAAGGUCUUUAUUGUGUUGAUCUGGAUAGAGAAGGUAUACAAAGUAAAUGA